UCGCCUACUUCAAUAACAUCGCCCUUAAUUUUUCAUACCAAAGUAUAUGGAGCUCCUGCCAGUGUUGCUGCUAUGUUUUAUAUUAUGGAGGCCAGGUCUAGGAAAUCAACAAUGAGUACUCCAGACAGGCCAGAUGAGUCUAAACAAGAUCAGCCUCUCGUUUUAGAGAAAGUAGAAGGUUACGGCCAGAAAAUUUUAAGAGCUCAUCAGACCCUGUUAGAUAUCUUGAAAGUUACUAACGAAAAAUUAACCAAUGGUUUAAAUAAGAUGUUUGAAAAGUUUACUUCAUUCGUCCAACUUAAAUCUUUGGAAAAUUCUUUUCAACGUGUUGCUCAGAAUGUUGAAAUCGUUCAUGGGAAGAUUAACUCCAUAACUACAGCAAAUUCCGUCACCAGUACCUUGUUGGAAAAUUUACAGGUAUUGAUUGAAAAUGGAUUUUUAGAUUUACAGAAUAUUUUGAGGAAAGAUCUCGAUCUCAGGAACACGCUAUCCGGUAUUAAACAUUUUAUAGAAAACAUGCAAAAGGAAGUGAUGCAGGGAAUCAAUAUCGGUAAACAGCAUUCAACGGAAAUGUGGGGAAAAGUGGUUGAGAUUUUCAAUUCCACUUUUUUCCCCGCAUCCAAUCUCAGAAGUAUUAGAACAGGUUUUGAAGAAAUGAAAACGGAAGUCGACAAACUAGGAAACUUGGAAAUAGUAGUCCAGGAAGCUAAUUCGGCUACAAACUACAUUAAGGACGAAAUAGACAAGUUUUUUGCUUUCAAUCCUUGUGUGCAAUCACAAAUGAACCAGCUUAAAUUAUCCUUAGAUACAAUUAAAGAUGAAUGGUACAAGUUGACAUCUAAUCUUAACGACAGCAUGAAAAUGUUGGAUAAUGUUUUUCCACCGUUACAGAAUGGUUCUGAUAGAAAAGAAUUUUGUUUACCGGAAGCUGCGAACAUUGUUAAAGUUCUUGGAGAUAUCAAAACCCGACUUUAGCACUUUGAGACAGUUAAUAUCGGACCACAUCAAGAUGGUAACAUUAAUAACCGUUUAGACCAACUCAAGGAUUUAGUGACACAAUGUGUCUAGCAUAUUUAUUAUUAAAAGCUUAUCUGAACUAAAAACACUAAAUACGUGGUCACCUAAGAUACCACUUCCAACACACUUUGCUGACUUUAAAUAAUUUUCUGGUUCUGCUAUACCCCUGAAUAUGAGGUCCAGGAUACAAAUUGUAUGAAUUACUGGUUAACUGAAUGUAUCAUAAUUUACAAAAUUUUAAGAGAAAAUGAAAGUUAAUUCCGACAUCAAUAAAUAAAAAAGAUGACCUUUUGUAUCCUAAAUCGUAUAGGGAGUUUAAGGUCAACAACUGAUGUAAAAUUUUUAACUGUCAAAUUGAACAAUGUUUAGUUUACGUUGCAGGCUGAAACAUCCACUCGAAAAUAGGAUGUUACGCAUUCCAUAAACUUUUCACUGGUCUGUUGCAAAAUAUAAGUAAUUACUUAUGUCUGGGUAAUCUGAAAAUUUACUUUUUGUAUUUACAGAUACUUAUAAUUAUAGGGAAGUUGAAAUGUCUACAUUUUUCAAAGUUUUUCACGUUGCUCAUUAGUAGUUACCCAUUUACUUCAGACAUUGCGAGCUAAUUGGCUGCUUCAGGGGGAGGGUAAAAACUAUGAUGUAAAAAUAACACAGAUGAUUACUUCCAUGAAGUGGCACCAAAGGGCGCGUUCACAUAAUGACGAUCGCGCAGAUAGUUCUUGAACGAUCCACCAGAGGGUGAUGUAGAUCAACGUGUCAUCAACUUUAUAGUAACUAUUAUAGUCUUAAAAUUAAUAUUUAUCUAAUUUGCAUAAUGUGUUUACAAUUAUCACAGUUACAAUUUAGCUUUGUGAGUAAAAAAAUUAAAUUGUUUUACAAAGACAGGCAGUGUUUCUAUAGGCUGAUAGUCUUACUAAUGAUGGAUGAUAUUUCUAUAAAUGGAUAGUUCAAUAAAAUGAUGAGCUCAUUAUGUAAUUACGUCUAGAUAGUUCACGAGCGAACCAUCAGAGGGUUAUGUAGAUCAACGCUUAUAUAUUGCGUAUGUUUAACAAAGUCGGAUGGUGUUUUCAUAGGUGGAUGAUGCUACUAAGAACAAUUUUACCAUAGUUUGUAGGAUCAUUGAUUAAUCAGUAGUAUUUUACCUUAUUUUCCUAGCAUACAUUUACAUAUAUACGUCCUGAAAAGUACACAUUUUUCAUGAUAACAUCUCCAAAUAUCAUUUAAUACUUUAAUAUACAAUCUUACUGUUUCACUAGUUUGACUUUAUGGAUUAUAUGUAUUCAUAUACGAUCCCUCUAGCCAUAUAAUUAUGAUUUGUAUUGUACACAACAGUAAAUGAGCUGUUGACAAAAUAUUUUAUUUUACACAUAUUGACAGUUACUGUAUAUUUGUCACACACACACAUAUAUAUAUAUAUAUAUACAUUACAUGUGUUUUACGAAGGCUGACAGUGCUUCUAUGGGCAGAUAGUGUUAUUAUUACAAAGUCUUACAUAUUUAGUUGUAUUAUAUGGGUCUUACAAAGAAGGAUAGUGUUUCUGUAAGUGGACAGUGUUACUAUACUUCCAUAGGGCUGUAUACAGAUUUCAACUUGUCUCAACUUAUGUUUACACUUUUCAUUUAUAUAUUUACUUGUAUUACACGUGUUUGUACUGCUGAAAAGUUUUUAU